AUGGCAGCCUAUACUGCUGUAAUUUCUCUUCUUCAAACUCUUGAACAACGAAAUCCAAAACUCUUUCAUGGUAAAACUGCUAAAACGCUUGAUUCUCUUCAUGCUACUGCUGAAUAUUUCCAAAAAGUUCUUGAAAAUGCUAGCAAGAGUAGAUUUGACACUGAAAAUAUAAAAUCUUUGGAGGAAAAAAUAAGAGUUGCUGUUAGUUAUGCAGAAGAUGUUGUUGAGAUGAAAACUUCUCAGAUCAUCAAAGUCUCUAGGUGGACAUUUGGAAUUUUACAGCACCUGGAUUUGCUAAAAGUUGUUAAAAAAAUGAAUACAACAAAGAAACAAGUGAUGGAGAUUGUUUCUCAUGAUGCUGAUCAAGUUCUUGAAUUAUCUGAGGAUUCCUUGAUUGGCACUUCUUCUACAAGUUAUCCAAUGUUCGAAGAUGAUAUUGUGCAUGGACUUGAUGAUGACUUGAAGAUAAUAGUUAAAAGAUUGACAGGACCACCGUCGGAUAUAGACAUUGUCACAAUAUCAGGCAUGGGUGGCAUUGGCAAAACCACACUCGCUAGAAAAGCUUAUGAUCAUCAAACAAUCAGGUAUCACUUUGACAUUCAUGCCUGGGUUACAGUAUCUCAAGAAUUUAGGUGUAGAAAUGUGUUGUUAGAAGCUUUACGUUGCAUUUCAAAGCAAACAGAUAUUGUGAAUACAAAAGAUUAUGAUAAGAUGGAUGACAAUGAGUUAGCUGACCUAGUACAGAAAAAGCUAAAGGGUCCAAGAUACCUUGUUGUUGUUGAUGAUAUUUGGAGUAGGGAUGUUUGGGAUAGCUUAAGAGGAAUAUUUCCUGAUUGUAACAAUAGGAGUCGAGUCCUAUUGACUACUAGGGAAACUGAGGUAGCAAUGUAUGCAAAUACUCGUAGCCCUCACGAGAUGAGCCUUUUGAGUUCAGAAAACGGUUGGAGGUUACUUUGUGAUAAGGUGUUUGGACCAAAACAUGAUCAUCCUCCUGAAUUGGAAGAAAUUGGAAAGGAAAUAGUAGAAAAAUGUCAAGGACUACCCUUAACAAUUUCAGUGAUUGCGGGACAUCUUUCUAAAAUGGCCAGAACAUUAGAAGAUUGGAAGAAUGUUACCCGAAACUUAAGUGAAAUUAUUGCUAGUCAUCCAGAUAAAUGCUUAGGAGUGCUCGGUUUGAGUUACCACCACUUGCCUAAUCGCCUCAAACCUUGCUUUCUUUCUAUGAGUUGUUUCCCAGAGGAUUUUCAGGUUGACACUGGGAGAUUGACCCAAUUAUGGAUCGCAGAAGGUUUUAUAAGGAUUUCCGAAAAUGGUAAAAUUUUGGAGGAAGUGGCAAUAGAUUAUUUGGAGGACCUAAUUAGCAGGAACUUGAUACAGUCUAGAAAAAGGAGAUUCAAUGGUGAGAUAAAAGCAUGUGGAAUACAUGAUCUACUGCGUGAGUUCUGUUUGAUAGAAGCUGAAAUGACAAAGCAUACGCAUGUUGAGAGAACUCACCCUACUCUUCCAACACAAAAGCAUAAUGUUCGUCGCUUCAGUUUUCAAGCUGAAUCUUACUCAGUUGACUAUUGUUAUGAGCUAUUACCCCCUGUUGCCAGAUCUAUCUACUUAUUUUCUCGAUUGAAUUUACCUCUUGAACCCCGUAUUAAGUUUUUCAGGAUAUUGCCCAUCUACCGUUGUGAUCCUAUUAUAAAUGAAUUUUUCUCUCGUUUCAACCUUCUCAGGGUAUUGGCCAUCUUCAAUGAAGAUGUAAUGUUCAAGUCAUUUCCACUUAUGAUUGAGAAGUUGUUUCAUUUGAGAUAUCUCCAAGUUCGAUUUCAUGGAGAUAUUCCUGAAUCAAUCUCAGAGCUUCAUAAUUUGCAAACUCUAAUUUGUGGUGGUUAUCCUUCCAUUGUAAAUUUACCUGGGAAGAUAUGGAUGAUGAAGAACUUGAGGUAUAUACGUCUCGAAGGAUAUGCUUAUUUACCUAGUCUUAGAACAGAAAGUCGUGGGACAGGGAUGCCAAAUUUAGAGGAACUUUCUGGUCUUUGUUACACCAGUUGUACAGAUGAAGUCUUUUCUGGCAUUCCCAAUGUAAAGGGAUUGAUCAUUCAAGCACCUUUUAAUAAAGAAGAGUUUCCCAAUUGGCUAUUGGAUAUGUCCAGAUUGACAAAACUCGAAGCAUUCAAGUUUUACGGGUCACCUUUUUUGGGAGACUCCAUCAAGAGAUUUGGUUUUCCAACAUCACUUAGGAGGUUGUCUUUAACUCGGUGUUGUUAUUUUGAUUGGGCAGACAUAUCAUCAACUUUUAUGAUGUUGCCAAAUCUUGAAGAGUUCAAACUUAAACGUUCUCGACCCUUGAGUCAUGAAUGGAGAUUGAGUGAUAAAGACGAAUUCAAAAGCAUGAAGUUAUUGUUACUGAGUGGCUCAGGACUUAAGCAUUGGGAAGUUAGCAGUAAUAACUUCCCAAAUCUCAAACGCCUUGUUCUGAAGAAUUUCUGGUAUCUGCAAGAAAUUCCAGCAGAUUUUGGGGAAAUUUGUACUUUGGAAUCAAUUGAGUUACAUGAUUGCAGCACUACCGCUGAGGAUUCUGCAAGAAAUAUUGAACAAGAACAAGAGGAUAUGGGAAACAAUAUCCUUAAGGUCUACAUCCAUAACAGUCGCAGGAAUUGAAGCUUAUUUCGAGGGACCAUCUAAUGUCAUCUUCCAAAUGCAGAACCUUUUAGUUUUUAUUUUGAAAAGUAAAAUCAUAAUUUAGUUUUAUGUUCUGAUCGAUUGGUUAUAUUCAUGUUUUAGGAAUAAUCAUGUUUAAUACAUA